AUGAACUUCCUUCGCCGUCGCCUUUCGGACAGCAGCUUCAUGUCCAACCUGCCCAACGGCUACAUGACGGACCUCCAACGGCCUGACCCGCCUGCUGCACCACCGCCCACGGCGUCCUCGCCCUCUCAGCAGGGGGCAGCCCCCGUACCUGCCCAGUCCCCGACCAAAGCUCCGGCACCAUCCCAGGCGCCGGCCGGCUCCCCCGCCCCCCAGGAGCGCCGUCCGUCCCAGCCGGCCCAGCAGCCUCAGCAGUCCCAGUCCUCUGGUGGGUCCUCUGGCUUCUUCAGCUCCUUCAGCUCCAUCACCAACGUGGUCAAACAGACGGCGGCCUCCGCCGCCGGCUUUGUGGAGCAAUCGGCCCCCUCACCUUCGCUUUCCAAGAAGUUCAAGAUUCUGCUGGUGAUUGAUGAGCCUCAGCAUGAGUGGGCAAAAGUGUUUCGAGGAAAGAAGGUCCUUGGAGAUUAUGACAUCAGAGUUGAGCAGGCUGAGUUCUCAGAGGUCAACCUGGUCUCACAUUCUAACGGAACCUGUAACGUGGACAUGCAGGUGAUGAGAGGCGGGACCAAGGUGGUCAGGUCCUUCAGGCCUGAUUUUGUCCUGGUGCGUCAGCACGCCUUCAGCAUGGCCCAAAACGAAGACUUUAGGAACUUGAUCAUCGGCCUGCAGUACGCAGGCAUCCCCUCAGUCAACUCCCUGGAGACCAUCUACAACCUCUGUGACAAACCCUGGGCUUUUUCUCAGCUGAUCAAUAACCAGAAGCGGUUGGGAUCAGACAAGUUCCCUCUCAUCGAUCAGACUUUCUACCCCAACUACAGAGACAUGAUUACAACACCAAGUUUUCCAGUUGUGGUGAAAAUUGGACAUGCACACUCUGGAAUGGGAAAGGUCAAGGUGGAUAAUGUUAGUGACUUUCAGGACAUUGCAAGUGUGGUGGCCAUCACUCAGACUUACUGUACCACAGAGCCAUUCAUUGAUGCCAAGUAUGACAUCCGGGUCCAGAAAAUCGGUGCUGAUUACAAAGCUUAUAUGCGAACAUCCAUCUCUGGUAAUUGGAAAAGCAACACCGGAUCUGCCAUGUUGGAACAAGUAGCCAUGACUGACAAGUAUAAACUGUGGGUUGAUACCUGUUCAGAGAUCUUUGGAGGGUUGGAUAUCUGUGCCGUCAAAGCCAUUUGUGGAAAGGAUGGUAACGACUACAUCACAGAGGUCGUAGGUUCAUCUAUGCAGCUGAUUGGUGAUCACCAGGCAGAGGAUCGCCAGCUCAUUUCAGAGGUAGUGUUGGCAAAGAUGAACCACGCUUUGGUUGCCAGGUCUUCAAGUGCUUCCCGCUCGCCUGCUCGCUCCCCUCAAAGCCAGAAGCCAACAACCGUCCAGCCACAACAGAGUGCUGCUCUAAAGGAAGGAAUGGCAGAUCCAAACAGGACCACAGGCCAGCGCACUCAGCCCCAAGGAGCACCACUGAAAUCCCAGAGCGUUGACGUGUCAGCCGAGUCCGUCAAAAAGGUUUCUGAAUCUGUGUCAAAGCUCAAUCAGGCUCAGAAACCUGGUCCAGGUCCUGCUCAGAAGCCAUCCCAGAGUCAAAAGCCGGCUCCAGUCCAGAAGGCUGGCUCAGUCACCAAACCUCCAGUGCAGAGGCCUCCACCGAUGACAAGAGCCCCGUCUGUUACAAAGCCAGCUCCAGAUUCUGAUUCCAGUUCUGCCCCGGCUAAGGCGUCCCCUUCAUCCCCGGCUAAAGCAGCAGCAGCCACACCUCCAGGGUCUCCUCAAACCAAAGCAGCUGCAGCCACCACAGCCCCCAGCUCCUCUACAGCCUCUCCUUCAGCUCCUGCCGCCACCACAGAGCAGCCCCAACCCCAGCCUCAAGGGUCCCCAUCAGCAGCUCCUGGAAAACCAAAAGAUCUGCCCCCAAAGCCAACACCACCCGCAAAGCCGAUCCCUCCUGUCCGCAGGAAUUCCAAACCACAGCUUCAGCCAAAACCACAAACUCCACCUCCCCCAAAGGCUUCACCAAAACCCCAGCCCGCUACUCAAGCUCCAGCUCCCAGUCAAGCCUCAGAAACGUCCUCAACCCCCACCUUGGCGCAGGUUGACUCCCCGGCCAAAACUAGCCAGCCUCCACAUAACGUCCAGUCUCCAGCUAAAGCUCAGCCUCAGCCCAAGCCGGCUGCUCCUUCCCAGAACCCCCAGCCCGCUCCAACUGAAACAGCUGCAGAACCAACUGAUGCCCAGGCCCCAGUGGAGGACCAGCCCCAACAAAAGACCCACCCUCUGCUGAAUAAGUCCCAGUCCCUGACCAAUGCCUUCAGUGCCUUCAGCGACUCCUCUUUCUUCCGCGGAGUCACAAGCUCUGGGGGCGAGGGUCAAGAAGAGGCAAAGGCAGAGACCAUUCGCAACCUCCGAAAGUCCUUUGCCAGCCUUUUCUCUGACUAGACACAAUCAAACUGCAUCCCUGCCACUAAGUGAUGCUGGUCCUUCGUUAGCCAGUGGGCAGGCGUCCUGAUUGGUAUUAAAUGUGAACAAGUGUGAGAUUAAAGUUUGUGUGUUAACUGUACUGUAUUUCCUGCGUUCCAGUCCUUCUUCAGCUUCACUUUCAGCUUCUCUUCGUGGGUAAGGGUGAGGAUCUGCUGGAUGGGUGUUUGCUGAAAGAAUACUCGCCUUGAAGGAGUUACGUCAUUGAGGUAAAAUACAUUAGAGUAGAACAGAUUAGAGUAAAGUAAGAUCUUUAUUUUUUUUCCCAGAGAAGAUAUGAUGAACAUAUUUAAAAGUAUGUGGAAAUUAUAUUCAAAUUGCUAAAAGUUAUGUACAUACACUAUAAUAAAUGCUAUAGAAAUAUUACAAAUAAAAUAAUAUAUAGAAGCAAAGAGACUUUAAUUUGCUUUAGUCGGUGACAUAACUCUUUCAUUCCAUGCUGUAUGUAGACAAACUUCCGCUAAUCAGAUGUUCGACAUGUGGUGGUAUCCCCAACAGUGAAUCAAUGUUGUCAGUGAAUAAGAAAACUAAAAAUCGUAUAUAAGGGAUUCUUUCCUGUGUACUCACCAACGGGCUCCUUUCUGAUGCCCACUUUUUCUUUUCUUUUUUUGUCUCAAAAACCUCAACGGUUAUUGUUUUGUGAGGGAGUCGGUUCUAAGUGUAUACGUGUUCAUCUGUGUUCACUAGUUGUGCAUGGCUCCUCCAAGUGGCUCGGUGUGACUUCUGGAACAGACGGGAGCUGUAGCAGUGUUGAGUUUUGCCCUCUGUUGCCUCCUUUCUCUUCUCUUUCUAGAUGUUGUAGCCUUAUUGUGAACACGUUUUCCAAUCGCAGCUACGUUGAUUAGCUGUGCAGACCUGGGUCGAUAACAACCUGGAAUGUAUUCAUUUACUUUCAGGAGGUUUUAAUAAGUCAACGAGUUAACUAGCAAGAGCAAGGUUGAUUGUAAUUAUUCUGAAGCUGGGUGACUAAAGCGGUCUUUGACAGUGAAUGGAUGCAUUUCAAAUAGCAACUCAUGUCUGUAGCUGUAACUGUGUAGAUCUAUCAACAGUUUUGUAAUUUGUUGGUUAUUCUCAUGAAAAGACAUUGAGACAGUAGUGCAAUAACAACUCAACAUGCCUGUUGAGCACUGUCACCCUGCUAUAAAUAUAACCACAUAUACAGGACCUGUACAUCCUUUAAAAAAACCCUUCUUCUUGCAUUCCUUUUAAGAUUCCUUUCUACGAUGACUUUCCAAUUUACACAUAAUCCGCAGUGUUGGAUUACUAGUCCAUGUGGAAAUGUUGCAACUUUGUCAUUAACUUUAUUUUUUAUAAGUGGAGUGAAUUUAAUGCAACCAGAAAUUUUAUCCUCUGUUGUCAACUUUCAGGCACAUGCAGUUGUGUGUAAAGAUAAAAACAAAAUCUCCACAAAAGACAUUUAUAUCAGAGUGUAUCCACCUCCAGAGCUGUUAAAGGUAAACUCUAGCAUAUUGUAUUUGUAUAUGUGACAUCCCAAAAGUUUAUUUUUUGUAAAAUAUUGAUUUAUUUAUUUAUUUUUGAGGAUCCAUAUUUAUGGUAAAUUGUAUGGUAAAAUUGUUUGUUUUGUAUUGUGUUUUUAUUUGUAAUGGAAUACUGCUUUGCAUGAUCCAGUGACUAAUGUUUUUCUUUUCUUUUUUUCUGUAAAUAUAAAUGUCAAUAAAGACGUGGUUCCAUCACAAACCUGA